UGCGCGGGGGCAGCGUCCAGCCGGGGACAGCGCGCCAUGGGGGAGGAGGCCUCGGGCGGCGGGGGGACGCCGCGGGAGCUGGUGCGCGAGGCCGAGAUCGGCCUGCUCGAGUGCAAGGUGUGCUUUGAGAGGUUCGGCCACAGCCAGCAGCGGCGCCCGCGCAACCUGGCCUGCGGCCACGUGGUCUGCCUGGCCUGCGUGGCCGCCCUGGCACACCCGCGGACCCUGGCCCUCGAGUGCCCCUUCUGCCGGCGAGCCUGCCGCGCCUGCGACACCAGCGACUGCCUGCCGGUGCUGCACCUGCUGGAGCUCCUGGGCUCCACCCUUCACCGGUCCCCAGCCGCCCCCUGCGCCGCCCCCUGCAUCCCCGGGGCCCUUAGCUGCCACCACGCCUUUGGCGGGUGGGGGACCCUGGUCAACCCCACGGGUCUGGCACUUUGUCCCAAGACGGGACGGGUCGUGGUGGUGCACGAUGGCAAGAGGCGGGUCAAGAUCUUUGACUCAGGGGGAGGAUGUGUGCAUCAAUUUGGAGAGAAAGGUGACGCCGCCCAAGACAUUAGGUACCCACUGGACGUCACCGUCACCAGUGACUGCCACGUGGUUGUCACCGACGCUGGCGACCGCUCCGUCAAAGUGUUUGAUUUUUUUGGCCAGAUCAAGCUCGUCAUGGGAGGCCAGUUCUCCUUACCUUGGGGUGUGGAGACCACCCCUCAGAAUGGGGUCCUGGUAACCGAUGCGGAAGGAGGGUCUCUGCACCUGCUGGAAGUCGACUUCCUGGAAGGAGCCCUUCAGAGAACAGAAAGGUUGCAAGCUCAUCUGAGCAGCCCCCGAGGGGUGGCAGUGUCUUGGCUCACUGGGGCUGUGGCCGUCCUAGAGCACCCGUGGGCCCUGGGACCCGGGGCCUGCAGUAGCAGGGUGAAGGUGUUUAGCUCAAGUAUGCAACUGAUCGGCCAGGUGGAUACCUUUGGGCUGAGCCUCUUCUUUCCCUCCAGAGUUACUGCUUCAGCUGUGACCUUUGAUCACCAGGGGAAUGUGGUGGUGACAGAUACCUCGGGUCCAGCUAUCCUGUGCCUAGGAAAACCUGAAGAGUUCCCAGGAUUGAAGCCCAUGGUCACUGAGGGCCUUUCCCAUCCUGUGGCACUGACCUUCACCAAGGAGAAUUCUCUUCUUGUGCUGGACACUGCAUCUCAUUCUGUGAAAGUCUAUAAAGCUGACUGGGGGUAAUGGGGUGAGGCGGGGAUCCUGGGGCCUGGAGUCAGAAGACCUUGUGUUGUCACUAGCGAAUUGUUUAACCCUGGAUAAGUCACUUGACUCAUCCAUGGAAACUGCCUGGCAGAAUUACAAAAGCUGGGCCAGUUAUUAAAGAAUAAUAAUUAAAUCCAGCCUUAUUGAAUGUA